UAUUUGAAGCAAGUGGAGAUCAUUGGAUACGAUCUUUCUGGGAACUGCGAGUCAAAUACUGAAGGCAAAACAAAAGAGUGGCUGAAGCAGACGGAGGUCAUGAGGAAGAAAGUAGUGGCAGAGUUCAAGAGGCUACACCAGCUUCUGGAGGAUCAAGAGUAUAUGUGGAUGUCGGACCUGGUAGCACUGGAGAGAACGAUUAUGGACAGUAAGAAGAGCUAUGAGGCCAAAGUCCAUAGUGAGAAGAGCUAUGUUGACAACAUCCACACUGAGAUGGAAGACAGAUAUUGGGAGGAUGAGAAGGAGUUUUUGCAGGAUUUUGGAAAGAGCCUUGUAAGGUUUGACAACAGAAAGAUAGAAAAUCCAGUGGCUUUUCCAACAGAACUGAAAACAAGAAUCCAGAAAUUUUGUGAUCGAAGAAUUUUCUUGGAUAAUGUGGUGAAGACAUUUAAUGAUGAAAUGGCUGUAAUACUGAAAGGAAGAGGAAGGAAGAGAUUUAAAAGAAGCUUAUCAGAGGAACAAAAAGGCAACAGAGUGGAAGUUAUUCUGGAUCAAGACACAGCCCAUCCACAUCUCUGGCUUUCUCAAGACCUGAAGAAGAUGUGCUAUGUGAAAUAUAUUGUGCCAUUGCUUGAACGUCCUAGAGGAUUUAAAUUUUCACCCUGUAUUCUUGGCCGUCAAGUUUUCUCUUCAGGGAGGCAUUAUUGGAAUGUGAAGGUGUGUGGAUUGGGACGUGAAUGGGCUCUUGGAAUUGCCAGGGAGUCUGUGGCUAGGGAUGAUCCUCCUGGUCCUCCUGACAAUGGGGUCUGGGUGGUGGGAAAGCGUCGGAAAGAUGCACUAUACUCUCGUUGGCUCAUGGCUUUUGCGCUCCAAGAAGAAGAUGAUGAUACCGUUCUGAUUUUAAGCCAGAAACCAGAGAAGAUCCGCGUGUGCCUCGACUGCUCAGAGGGCCGAGUGGCCUUCUUCAAUGCAGACACAGAUGAAUUCAUUUAUAGUUUCAGUUCGCCCAUAAUUUCUAGCGAGAGGAUCCGCCCCUUUUUUUGGAGUUUCAGUGAAAGUAUUGAAUUUUUGAUGCUUUAGUAGAAUUUGUUGGGGGGGAUGAAUACUUUUUGGCACUGUUAACUCCCAGAAUUGUAGGAAUUUCAUGAAGAUAACUUUUCUGUUAGCUUUUCCUAAGAGAAGUCAAUUCUAUCUCUAGCUCACUUUUUCCCCUUCCAUGCCACGGAGAAGUGAAUGGCUAAAGUCGUGUUACUUCAAUAGCAUUACUUUGAGUUACAGUCUUAAUCACAUUGGAGGAAAAGUGAAUGGGUAAACAAGGAGAUGAGUAGAAUUACUUCAAGUUAGUUAGGGGAACAAUCUUGAUCAGUCUAGAGGGGAAUUAAAUAUAAUGGUUCCAGGAUGCAUGAAUGUGGGUAGAGUGAUGCUGAGAAUAUGAUAUACUUAAAUAGUUGUUGCUUCUACUUUAGUCUUACUCACUCAGAAGGCAUUUUUGUGUCUCUCUCAUCCUUAUUUCCCCCAACUCUUCAAUGAUGUUGCUUUUCCUUGAGGUAAAAUGUGCCGUUUCAAUAAAAGUUGCCAAGUUCA